AUGGCGCCGCACACGAGCUACGCGCCUGUCGGCGGUAUGGAGUACGAGGAGCCAGUGUCGAGGACUUAUCAGUACAGAAAGGUGAUGAAGCCGAUGCUGGAGAGGAAGAGACGGGCAAGGAUCAAUCGUUGCUUGGACGAGCUGAAGGAUCUGAUGGUGACGGCGCUUCAAGCCGAAGGAGAGAACGUGGCUAAGUUGGAGAAGGCCGAUAUCUUGGAGCUGACUGUUCGUCAUCUUCACACGCUCAGAGCUGCCAGAAGACUGACUUUGACACCGGAGAACAGCUACGCGGAUCGAUUCAGAGAAGGAUUCACCCAGUGCGCGCAGGAAGUGUCCUCGUUUCUCUCCACUCCUGUCGCCGCUGCUGUUCAUCCUGCCGCUGGUGCACAGUUGAUGAGACACCUCGGUGGCUGUCUUCGACGACUCGAGGGACCGGCUAACAAUUCCGUCGCAAACACGAACACAGCGUCUACCACGGUGAACGCUGUUGGAAAAACGACACCAGCUGUCAGUCCAGCGACAAACGUGAUGGUCAACGUGCCGCAGAACGUUUACACACCGCCCCAGAGUCCUGUCAGCGUGGCAAGUUCCUCCGGAGAGUCCAGCGAAUCGUCGAACGCUGUCUGGAGACCGUGGUGA